AUGCCAACAAAAUUUAAACUACCAGAAUUUGAAAAGUACAAAGGAAGUUCUUGUCCACAGACCCAUUUGGUUAUGUACGUGCGAAAGAUGUCAAUGUACACCAACGACCAAAGGAUGCUCAUUCAUUGUUUUCAAGACAGCCUUACCGGUGCAGCUUUACGCUGGUAUAUGGGAUUAGACAGUUCUCAGAUCAAGACUUUCAACGAUUUAGGCGAGGCAUUUAUCAAACAUUACAAAUACAACCUUGAUAAUGUGCCAGACCGAGAUCAGUUGAGGUCCAUGCAACAAAGAGAAAAGGAGACAUUCCAUGAAUACGCGCAAAGGUGGCGCGAAAUUGCAGCACAGGUUGUUCCACCUAUGGAAGAAAAGGAGAUGACGAAAGUGUUCUUAAAGACUCUUGAUACUUUUUAUUACGAGAGGAUGAUUGCAAGCGCUCCUACAGACUUUACUGACAUGGUAAACAUGGGAGUCCGUUUAGAGGAAGCAGUUCGAGAAGGGCGUCUAGUCAGAGAAGGAAGUUCAUCUUCAAGCGGGGCAAAGAGGUACGACGGUUUUAUGAAAAAGAAGGAACAAGAAACUAAUGCUGUGUCCUAUAGUCAUCCAAGAAGGAUCAAUUAUCCUUACCAUUCCCAACACCAACAUAUAGCAGCCGUGACUCCAGUAAUCACUUCCGCUCCAGUUCAAGUCCAAUACCCUCAGCAGCGUACCAACCGCUUCCAACAGAAUACUCAGUAUCAGCAACAACAUCAACAUCAGUUACAACAACGUCCACCACAACAGUAA